AUGUCGGCAACUCAGAGCGUAAGAGCAGAGUCGGUUAAGAGAGCCAAAGUGACUGCUCCCGAUACGAACGACCAGUUUUUAUCACUGAAGGAGUUCCCUGCUAUUCCUGAAAAUAGCCCUCGGCCAUCUGAGGUAUAUCGAACAUUCAAGGAUCGCACGAGCGCUAGCGAGAAGGAGUUGCUGCUCAUGACAUAUCUGUUCUAUGCCGUCGCAAGCCCAGACGCAUUCUACCAGCUGCGCGAGACCUGUAUCGCAAUUCGAGGCGCUCAAGAUCCAUCAACGGUUGGGCGCGAUAACAAAGUCUACGGGACAGUCUGUGCUCUAGACAAAUUAGAGACUGAAGACUAUCAAAAUUCCAUCUUGCGGAGACUCUUUCUCUCGCAGUUGGUCGAAUACCGCCAAGAAAAGGAGCAAGAACUGAUAGACAGAAACCGCGGACUCGAAGACGCCUAA